AUGUCUCUGGAAUCACUGAUGGCGGCUCUUGAGGCAUUAGCAAUGAGCCUAGAAGUCUCCUGGUUCAAAACCAAAAUUCAGGACUUUAUGGGCCUGUUAGGGGAACCCAUUCAUUCGACCUAUGUUUGCGGUGAGGACGUUGAAGUCACAGAGAGCUUUGCAAACCUUGGCUGCGUAGUCCAUGAUUCUGGGCUGUCAGACCAAGAAGUUAAAAAGACUUUUCUCAAGGGCGCCCUUUCCCAGAACUAUAAAAGACCUUUCAAAUCAGGUGCACAGUAUCAUUCUGCAACCUCAAGCACCAUCAUGAAGUUUGCAGUCUUGAUUACUCUGGUUGCUGUGGCCACCGGUGCCCCACAGUACGGCUAUCCCACCCCUGCCCCGCCCACCACCACCCCCACCCCGACGCCUGGAUACACAUACCAAGAGCCCAGACAGACCUACUUGGUGCCCGGCACCCGCGCAGAAGGCGGUGCAGAAGGCGAUGCACAAGAGCCAGAAGCGCCAGUGGAAUUAGUGCCGAUUCUGAAGGACGAGCGCGUGAACAACGAAGAUGGAAGCUUCACCGUCGAUGUCGAGACUGGCAACGGCAUUAUAACCUCAGAGGCUGGCUCACUGAACGGCGAAGGCGCCGUUGUUAAAAGUGGACACUAUUCCUACACCGCCCCGGACGGUUCCCUGAUCGAGGUCAAGUUCGUCGCCGACGAGAACGGCUUCCAGGCGGAGUCCGACGCCCUGCCAGUGGCUCCCGAAUUCCCGCACGAAAUUCCCGAAUUCGUGCUCGAGCAGAUCAGGUUCGCGGCUGAGGAGGACGCGCGUGCUGCCGCUGAAGCCGAAGCCGCACUGAAAGCUGCUGAAACGCCCUCGAACCUGUACGGGCAGCCACAAAUGGAAACCAUUAUAUCAACGCCCUUGCGACUACUCGGCUGUCUUAACCCUUCACCGAAUCUUAAAGAUCUUGAAGCCCGCAGAGCCUCCAGAGAGUGUGAUAAGGAGCUGAGGAACAACAGAACACAAAAUCCUCCCUGCUUAUCGGAACCGUGUAUCGAAGGCAGUGAAGGUGGGAGCUCAUUAACCGAAGGGCGACAGCGUGCUUUCCCCGAGUAUAUAAGCUCCCUGGGUCUCCAACCGGGACAGCAGUCGAGGGAAAGAGUCGGUUACACUAUGUACUUGGUACUUUUCGCCGCAUUGGCCAGCGUGGCCGUCGCCAUCCCCCAGUACCCAACCCCUGCCCCGGACCCCUCGCCUUCCUACGGCGUCCCCUCCUCCCGGGGCGCGGGUCAGGUGGAGGAGGUCGUGCCCAUCCUGAGGGACGACCGAGCCCAAGAGGACGACGGCAGGUACAGCGUCGACGUCGAGACAGCCAACGGAAUCAUUGCCUCGGAGUCUGGCUCUCCCGAGGGUCCCGAGGGCGCAGUUGUCAAGGCAGGACAAUACGCUUACACCGCUCCUGACGGCUCCCUGAUCGAAGUCAAGUUCACCGCCGACGAGAACGGCUUCCAGGCCCAGGGCGACCACCUGCCCGUGGCUCCCGAGUUCCCCCACCCGAUCCCUCAGUUCGUCCUCGACCAGAUCGCCUUCGCCGCCGAGGAGGACGCGCUUGCUGCAGCAGAGACCAGAGAUUCUUCGCCUUCCCAGCUGUACCAGAGGCCGCAGUAGAUGGAUAAUCUGCAGCGUGUUAUGUACAUAACGACGUGGUGAAAAUUUUGUGAAACUUUUGUACAUAUCUAAUUUAUUCGUCAUGUGUGCUGUGUGAAUGGUAUUGUAAGUGUAUUAGAAUAGAAUGCAGACAUUG